AUGCGGCUCAAACGCGGAGUGGAGCGCGAGUCGUGCGACUUUUGCCAUGGGCGGAAGAUCAAAUGCGACAAGACGGCGCUCGCUGCCAAGGGCAUCAGCGUCUGCUCCGCCUGUCAGCGGCGGAGUAUCCCGUGCGUGGUGGACGACUCAAAUGACAUUCGCCUGCGGCGGCGGAAGCUUUUGCAGCACGGUGAAGCAGAAUCAUCAAGCCAAGCAAGCAUAGAGCCCGCGAGUAAAUUUGGUCUGUCGUGUGGCCAGACGCUGCCAACAACCACCGACGCUUCCGUGAGCUUGGCCGAUGAACAAGACUCUCUAUUCGACCUGAACCCCGACAGCAUUUUGUUCCUCGAUCACAUUUUCAUGGGCGACCUGGGAACCAACUUAAUGGGCGAGUAUCAAACAGGAUUCAACAUGGACUUCUCUACGUUUGAUACCACGCAGACCAGCUCAGCGACAGCGCCAGGCCUGGAGCACUACCAGGAUCUGUGGAGUGGCUGUGGCAUGUCUGAAGGCGACUUCAUGGGAGCAAUCCGCGGGUAUUUCGAGUACGCCGCCCUCUGUCUCCCUAUUAUCUUCGAGGAUGCAUUCUGGAAAGACGUGCAGUCAAAAGCCGCCAGCGCAGCGUUUGUGUGCGCGAUUGCUUGUCGGGGCAUGCCAUUUACAGAGCACGUUCAGAAGUGGAAUCUGCAGAAUCAACUUGCCAGUCGGUUCAAGUUGCUGUUCCUGCAAAACCAGCAGUCGUCGCAGCAAAGCCCAAGCUUGGAUCACAUUGAAGCGCUGACGCUCAUGUUUGGCUUCCCAUACGAAGAAGGAUCGGUUGGUGGGCUGGAAAGCCUGUUUCUCUCAAAGGAUGCGCUUGUCCUCAUGACGCUUCAGCUGCGCACCUCGAAGCGUGAGUCUACACUGUCACGGGCGUCAGAGCGGCUCACUCUGCUUUUUUGGCACGUGUACGGUGUAGAUGCCUUUACCAGCUUGGAUCACAAAACGGCAUCCCGCAUCCCCGAUGCAGAUGCCAACCGCGUGUUGAGCGGCACCGGAUCGGGAUAUCUGGAUACUAUGCUCUCGCUCGCUCUUGUGGCCCGCAAAAUCCUGCAGCGCCUGUGCGAAGCAUCUCGUGUUGGUAUUCAAUAUGCCGAUGUCGAAUUUCUCUACGGCCUUCUUGACGAGUGGCAGAUGUCUUCGUGCCCACCCGGACUGCGCCAGCCGUGCGGUGGCGGCGAAGGGGAUGAUGCAGUCAAUCAGCAUCUCCAUCUUCAACGGGUGGUCUUGCACCUCCUACAUGUCAACUGCACCCUGCAGAUCGAAAGCUGGGUGGAUGAGCACGGGAUCAAAAUCGAGACCCUGGUUGAUGAGAUGACGGCGUCGCGGGUCGCCUUUGAGAGUUUGCAUGCCCUGGCCAAAGGCGUGGAGAUGGCGCGAUGGCUGGAUGACUGUCACUUUGGCAAAUUUGCGAUCGCUGACUUGGCGCCGAAUGUUGUGCGGGACAUUUUCAUUGGCCUUGGAUCAUGGAUGUGCCUGCGCGGUCACCGACUUAGUGAAUCCUUCAAGUAUCGGAUAGCGGAAGAUUCUACAGUGAAGCCGAAAGACCUGCAUCUCCAAGCUGUAGCAGUACUGCGGUCUGCUGCGGCGAAGGCGGUCUCACACCGCGACACGACAGUAGUGUUAGGAAGACUGGAUGGACUAAUAGCCUCCUGA